AUAACACUGUCAGAGAGAACUUCUGCAUUUACUGCGCGACACUGAUUGAGCUGUCAGAUACAUGCCAUAGCUCUGGCUUUUCCGUGUCUGUCAGACACAGUUGUCGGAGCACAUUCAGAGUUUCUGCAUUGUCAAUAUUAGCUACGUUCUACCGAGUUAACGUAGCAGUCGGUAAGUUUAGUUAGCUUCUUUAGCCGUUUUAGCUUUGAGCUAACAACAGCAGUUUAUAACGUCUGUAGCAGUUUUAGCUUUUAGCUAACAACAUCACGCCCGUCCUAACCGUACAGACAAUGUUAGUACUCGGUAUUCAGGUGUCAUAUAUCAGUGUUGUUUUACAGUAAGGAGGCACCUGCAGCCAGAUGGACCAAAGAUGUCAUAAUGGGGCAUAGAACCGUGUUUUUGUGAGCACCCUAAUAGUUGGGAUUGGCCAGAACAACAGAUAUUUUGAAAUAUGUUGCUAAAGAUGUCUUUAAUACCCCGUGAGAUGGAGAGACUGAAGUGAUGGAGACCAGGGAGGAGAGCCCUGUGGGAGAGCAGGCCCAAACAUCUCCAGAGCGAGGACUGCUCCACUUCUGGCAGUCAGCAGGCUCCAGUCUUCAGGUCUGUCCAGAGAGGGUAUUCCUUUCCAGGCCUGUCCUGCAGGCUUCUCUUGGAGAAUAUCAUGGACUCCUACUUACAGAAGGUGGUCAUGUGUAUUCUUUUGGUGAACUGUUGUGGAGGGAUUUACGCGUCCCAGUGUCUUCUCCAGUGCUGGAGGUUUCAUUGCUGGGAAAGGUAAUGGUCCGUGUGGCUGCUGGUGGUUUUCAUUGUGGAGCUUUGAGUGACCAGGGCAACAUCUACAUGUGGGGGGAGAGUACUGCAGGACAGUGUGGGCUGACUGAGAGUGGUGCUGCUUCAAACAUCACAGUUUCAGAGCCUUGCCAUGUCCCUGUGGUGGACACUGAGGUUGUUCCUCCAGCAGUGGUUAGGGUGGUGGAUCUGGCCUUUGGACGGGAGCACAGCCUUGCCCUGUCAGCCCAGAAUGAGCUGUGGGCGUGGGGAAGUGGCUGCCAACUUGGCCUUGUCACUAGUACCUUCCCUGUCUGGAAACCACAGAAGGUGGAGCAUUUGGCAGGCAGACAUGUACUUCAGGUGGCUUGUGGUGCUUAUCACAGCCUGGCCCUGGUUCGUAGUUUACCUCCAAAGAACUACAGUACAUUGAAUCCAGAGAAAGAGGAGCAGGGACAGUUAUCUCAGCCCCUCAUGACAGAGAGGGAUGACUUGUCUGCAGCUGACACCAGUCACUAUUGUCCUCUAGGAGUGGAGCUGACUAAAGGCAUAUCAGAUGAGACCCCUCCAAGAAGAAGAAGCCCCAGACCAAUGCCCCAACAUGGUGGUGUGCCAGCUGGCAGUAGCCCUUACACUAAUCUUGAGACCCAUGAGCCCUCUGACUCUUUCACUCAAGUAGAUGGCAGCAUGUUGUCUCGCUCCCUGCCAGGCUCUGAGGAAAUGGAGCUUCAGAACCUGGUUCAAAAACAUUCAAAUUUCUCAUGGGACAACGUUACAGGACCAGGAGAUAGUGACUCAGUGAGCAGUUUUACUUCAGAUGACAGUUGUGUUUCUUCAACUCCACCUUCUGAUCAUUUGACCUCUAGUUUCAAAGAAGAGGUAAAAAUUAAAAGCCAAACCAACAGUAACAGCGGAGUUCUCAUCCCAUGCUCUUCAUCCGUACGUGUGGAGGAAGUUCAGCUUUGUCUUGCUGAAGAGAAGCAGGCAUUUCAGGGGAGGAAGAGCGCAAGUCUCACAAAUGUAAAUCAGAGGAGGAAGGCUACAAACAGGGGACGCUCCCUGCCUGGAACACCCACCCGGGGGUCUCCAAGACGACAGAGGCCUUGUGCAUGCAAGCCAUCAUGUAUUUGUCGAAACCAGGCUGUAGCUCCGGAGACUGCUGGAGAUGGGCUCCCAACUCUGGAGACCGAAGUGUGGAGCUGGGGUCGAGGGUCUGAGGGGCAACUGGGCCAUGGAGAUCAGCUUGCUAGACUCCAGCCUCUAUGUGUCAAGUCUUUGACAGGUGAAGAGGUGAUCAAAGUUGCUGCUGGUUCACACCAUUCUUUGGCUCUCACUGCUAACUGUCAGGUGUACUCAUGGGGUAGCAACAUGUGUGGACAGCUUGGUCAUAUUAACAGUCCUGUGACUGUUCCUCAGCUCACAAAGCUGUCCGAUGGUCUCCGGGUUUGGGACGUAUCAGCUGGUCAGAGUCACUCCCUCCUCUUGGCUGAUGGAGACUGUGUCCAGCCAGUUCUGUUGUACUGCGGUCAGCAGCUUGAGUCCUUGAGGGAAGAGUCACACAAUGAUCAAAGGUCAUACCAGAGGUCACCCAGCAGAGCAGAGAGUUAUACUGUGAGACCCACCCUGCUGCCCUCCUGCAUGGAGAUGGGUUACAUUAGCAGAGUGUGUUGUGGCGGCCCUAGCUGUGCAGUGUUGGCGGAUCAAAACGUGAUGGGUUUUAUCUCAGCUAUCCAUGAGCUGGCCUCCAGAGAGAGACAGUUUUUUUGCUGGUUGAGCAACACUAGGAAGCUCCUCCUCGCACCACUACGCAGCAGAGAGAGUGUCUGUCCAUCGCUAGGCGAGUCAUGCACUCAUCUCUUCUUCUCUCUUUGUGAGAGUUUCACUCGUCUGUGUGUCCUGAUUGGUCGCCAUUCUACAUCACUCAGCUACUUUCUACAUGACGUUCAAGGACAGGAUGUCACUUCUCUUCUGCUGCUGACACACACUGAGCACUUUAUGGACAUUUUUAAAGAGUAUUGUUCGUCAGUAGGUGAUUUCCAUGUGAUGGGUGGAUUCCAGUCACUUCAUAAACUCUCACUUGAGUGUUUAGGCUCUCAGCAGACCAUACUAGCUCAGCUGUGUGAAUCAGACCAGUCCGUCAGCGGGGAUGUUGAUCUGGUUUCACUGUUAUACUGGCCUCUGCAGCAGCUCCACCACUACAGCCGAGUGCUGCUCAAACUGGCAGCAUGUUAUGAUGUGUUAACUACUGAGUAUCAGUCUCUCCAUCAGGGCUGUAGUCAGUAUGAAUCCCUCUCUUUGUCCCUGAUCAGGAGGAAAAAUGAGGCUGAAGCCACCUUCCUCUUCUGGAAGACCCAUCCAGGAAAAAUUACUGAGGUUCUGCGUCUACCUAAACGACGUGUGGUGUGUGAGAGCAGCAACAGAUCCCUGACCCUGCAGAACUCUGGGCGGUUCUCUAACCACUGGUUCAUGCUGUUCAAUGACGCACUGGUGCACACACAGUUCUCCACACAUCAUGUCUAUCCUCUGGCCUGUCUCUGGGUGAAACCAGUCACAGAAGAAAGCAGUGCACACUAUGCCAUCAAAAUUACAUGUCCUGAAGAGAGUUUCACCCUGGUAGCAUCAACACCACAAGAGAAGAACAAGUGGCUUCGUUCUUUGAAUCAGGCUGUGGAUCAGGUGCUGGGAGGUGGAAGUCAAGGUUCAUCGCCUGGUUUGACAGCAAUGUCUCGUACGGCAUUUUAUGUGUUCAGUGGAGAGGGACGGUUUAAAGAUGCUCAGUACACUGGGAGCUGGCUGGCAGGGCGAGUUCAUGGCAGAGGCACGAUGAAGUGGCCAGACGGUCGAGUUUAUCAUGGGAAUUUCAAGAAUGGACAGGAGUGUGGCUUUGGACUUUGUUUUAUACCUAACAAAACACUAAAUAAGCCAGACAUCUACCAAGGAAACUGGAGAGAUGGCAAGAUCCAUGGAUUUGGCAAGUACAAGUAUGCCAGUGGUGAAGUCUACGAGGGCUGUUUCUUCGAAGGGCAACGGCACGGUUACGGCAUGCUGAGCUCUGGCAAACUGGACAAGAAGUCCUCUGGUGUUUUUAUUGGCCACUGGGUCCACGACAAGAAAACAGGAUAUGGAGUCUACGAUGACAUUACAAGAGGUGAGAAGUACAUGGGACUGUGGUUGGAGGAGCAGCGGCAUGGCAAUGCUGUCGUUGUCACGCAGUGUGGUGUUUACUUUGAAGGGAUCUUCAGAGACAACAAGAUGAGUGGUCCAGGUCUGUUGGUGUCAGAUGAUGACACAGCUCUCCAUGGGGAAUUCUCUGAUGACUGGAUUGUCAAUGGGAAGGGUGUUAUGUCUCUUGCUAAUGGUGACAGUCUGGAGGGCAUGUUCAGUGGAGAGUGGACCACAGGUCUGAAGGUGAUGGGAACUUACACCAAAUCAGCCACUGAAGAACCUGAAAACAAAGAGAGAAACGGCCUAGUGUUGGGUCAGCAUGCGGUGCCUGCAGGGCAGCGGUGGGUCUGUGUGUUCGAUGAGUGCUGGGGUCGGCUCAGCUGUGAUGCCCCUGGGAGAGGAGAGAGGGCUACGGCAUGGGAGAACAUCGCUGUGACUAUAGCAACAGCCCGGAGACAGAGCCCAGACCUCAGUAGGCCACAGAGCAAAGUGCUGGAGUCCUUGGAGUUUAUCCCUCAGUAUGGAGAACAAGUCACUACUGCCAACUAUGACAACAUACGAAGAUACCUCCUCAAGGCAUCUGAAACCCCUUACCACCCCCUGGGCUGGCUGGUGGAGACGCUGGUUACUGUUUAUAGGAUGACUUACGUUGGUGUUGGAUCCAACCGCAGGCUGCUCCGACAGGCUGUCCAGGAAGUCCAGGCCUUUCUCACACAUUUCUACAACAUUGUCCGGUUUCUAUUUCCUGGGUUACCUGCAGAUGGCAGUGUCAUUCCAGACUCUCCUGCGUCUCAGUCUGUAAGACGACACAGCACAGCCUUUGCAGAGCAAGGAGGUGUUGUGGUGGUGAGCUGCUCCUCGUUGCUUCUCCCACUGCUGCUCCCCCGCCUCUACCCCCCUCUCUUUACGCUUUACUGCCUCCAGGAGGAGCAGGCAGAGGCCCAGUACUGGGAGCACAUCCUCAGACUCAACAAACAGCCUGACCAGUCCCUGCUCAGCUUCCUGGGAGUGCAAGAGAAGUUCUGGCCUGUCUGGAUGUCAAUCCUGGGAGAGAAAAAGCAGAUUGUGUCCAGCACUAAAGAUGCCUGUUUUGUUUCUGCUGUAGAGACACUCCAACAAAUCAGCACCACCUUCACUCCGUCAGACAAACUGCUUGUCAUUCAGAAGACAUUUGAAGAGUUGACCCAGGAAGUAAAACCUAUGCUCGAAGGAGACUUUCUGUGGUGCAUGGAUGACCUGCUCCCUCUCUUCCUCUAUGUAGUGCUCAGGGCGAGGAUCAGGAACCUGGGAGCUGAGGUCAGUCUGAUAGAGGACUUGAUGGACUCCAAUGUUCAGCACGGUGAGCUGGGACUGAUGUUCACCACACUGAAGGCCUGUUACAUCCAGAUUCGACAAGAGUCGACUACGUGAGAGUGGGCGGAGAGACUCAACACUGUCAACGAAAAACUACAUCAGCGAUUAAAGCACUGCCAGGAACAACAAGGUGCUUCACACGUUCAAGCUGCAGAAAUACAACAUUACUAAGAGCCAGAAUAAGGCCACAUGAGUAGUUUGACAGCUGGUUCACUAUUCAUUAAUUUGGUUUGUUCCAGCAUGCCAAAGUUUUCACAUUUCUGUGAAAUGUGUUAGAACAUGUUAGAAAAUAUUUUCACAAAUGAGUGUGAUAAUAUUUUUUCUGUAGAUUUUCAGUAACUCUCAUAAUAAUAUCAACUCGGUUUUCUAUUGGUUCAGUUAUCAUCAAAGUCUUUUUUUUUAAGUCAGAUAUUGAUGAGUGGGGUUUGCUUUGCAUUACAUUUCCCUAAAGGAUGAUAAAGAGAACAAACAGAGCAUAGUUUUCUGUUGUCACCCUUUUUUGCAGUCUGCAAUUAAUUGAGACUCAGGAAAAUGACUAAAUACUUCCAUAAAAGGAAAAAGCAGUUUUAAAUAGAAAAAAGGGAUGGAGUCUAAAAUAAAAGGGAAAAUAUAAGGAAGUUGUUUUUAAUGGAAGGUAAAAAAGAAAGGCUGUAAAGGGAACCACACUAUGGUUCAAGCUAUGAAAGGGAAUAAUGGUUGAUUAGAAGAAUACUGCUUUAAAUAUUACACAAACAAGUCCGUUGAGACCAAGGUUAUAAUAGUUUUGGAUUUUUUCAUUAGUUUUUUUUUUAUUUAGUUUUUACAUUUUAUUUUGAAAUUCAGUUUAGUUUUAAUUCAUUGUUACUGCUGUUUAGUUUAGUUUUAUUUUACAAAAAUGCUUCGUUUUCAUUAGUUUUUAUUAGUUUUAGUGUUAGUUUUAAUUUUUUUUUUUUGGAAAUGUGGGAUACUUGCCAGGGGCAAGACCCAAAAGUGCUUUUCACUUUUCAUCUUAAUUAUUAAAUUUUAAUGUUUGUAUACAACUCAAGACCUAAAAUUACUGUUGUGUGAAGUUGUCUUCAAUCAAAAAAGGUGAUUUCAUUCUCUUUAGGCUUGGGUGUUCAUCUCAGUAAGUAUGCUAGUGACAAAGAAUAAAAACUAAGGAGUUUUUGUUCAUUUUAGUUCGUUUUUAAAGCGCACAAUACAGUUUUAGUUAGUUUUCAUUUUAUUUGUAAAGCUUAGUUUUUAUUUAGUUUAAUUAAACAAAAAUGAUUUACAUUUCAGUUUUAGUUAAUUAGUUUUAGAUAACCUUGGUUGAGACAGUUUCAGUUAUUUCUCUUCACUGAAUUUUUGAGCUAUUAAAAGCUUGACCUCCUCUCAACAACAAUCACUGGUUGGUUAAAUUCACAAAGAAGCAGUUUAUCUCAGGUCUGAAUAUUUGAUAACCAUAACCAGGACAGCUGCAUGACAAAACAAAGGAGAAUGAUUUAAUAGCUAGUAGGUAGGGAUCCCUUUUACAACAUAUCACUAAAAAGGGAAAUACUAAAACCAUAAAAAAUGAUGUCUUGGAAACCCCGACUGGCUAAGCAUUAAUACAGUUUUUGUUUCCUUGUUCAUAUUUUACCUACUGUUAAGUUUUUAUUUUGUGUUAAAAAGCAUUUAUGAAUGUGUGACGAGGAAACACUGAAUUUUGCACUGACAGUUUUUAGCUUAAUUCCCCAACCAGCAGAAAUUAGAAGAUUUUUCUCUUUCUGCUUGAAGGACAUUUUGUGUUCUUUCUUGUUUGUUUGCAAUCAGGAUCUUUCUUAAACAUGUCACCUAAUUCAAACAUUUGAUGGGGGGUUGGUUUUAAAAUUGUAUACUUCAAGGAUGUACAGUUGGUAAAUUUUAGAUUACUUUACUUGGGAGUUGACAAAUUUUAAACACUUAAUGCCUUCAUAAACUACUGCACUUAAAGAAUAUUUCAUUGAUAUUGAACAGCUAUCACAUUGUACGUGUUUCAAUGCAGAUCAAACAAAAAGAUGUUUUAAAGAUUAUUAGCUUAUGAACAAAAAAAGGUACUUUUAUUCAGUCGUUUUAAUUUACAAGUCUGUGUUUGUUAGAAAUGACUGAUAAGACAGCAUAAUGAUUUUGUGUUUCUAUGUUUUUUGUUUAUUAUAAGCCUUAGGGAGCUUCACCUUAAAGGUAUUACUUAAUCUACUCAGUCCUCAUAAUUGAUAAGAAAUGUAUUAAAAUGACCCAUCAGCUGGAAAAUUACUCACAUCAAACUUUGAGAUGUCAGAGUGAGUAUAUGUUAAUCUAUUGUAAUAAAGAAAGCUUUGAUUAAAAAAAUCAGGUAGACCAUACAUUAGACAUCAUGAUUAGGUUAUUUGGUGAGUAGUCACAUUAUGCAGAAGGUAUGGUCAAGGUGUUACUGAAUUAUGAUGAGCAGUCUUUAUAUUCUCAGGAAAAAAAACAACCUACAGACAAACUCAACUUCAGAGUGUAACAAGACGUUACAGAACGUAGCUGCUGCAUUAAAGUUUGAUGAAUUAUUUUCUUUUUUUCCCAACAAUGCUCAACUUUAUUUGCACUGAAUUCAGUUUUCUAGAAUGUAGACGGUCGGUUUUUUUAUUUUUCAUGUAUUAUUAGAGUGACUGCAGUGUUAUUUAAAAGAGAAAUAUAGAGGAAUGACAACAUUACUGAGUCAAAGUCUCAUGGUUGAUUACACAUUUAAGCCCACUGUUAACCACUCUAUCACAGAAUUAGGGUUUUUUUUCUUACCUUUCACCUGACACUAGUUUAGUUAUGUUCAAUAUGAAUUGAAGCUUUUGAUUUUAAGUUCAACAUGCUGUCUAUCACAGUGAACAUUGUUGCUGUUUUAAGUCGUUUACUUGGGUGCUGAUGUCAUGUAGAAAUGCACUUAUAAGAAAGAAAAUUCUAAUUUCAUACACAUAAACACAAGAUGAUAAAAAAGUGGUUAUUUUCUGGGUUAAAGUGUUUUUAACAUCAACAUAUCAUGAUCUUUUAUAAAACCUACAUUGUUGAAUUUAGUUUAUUUUUUUUAACUAAGCCUAUUUUUGUAACUUUAUCCCUCGGUCCCUACUAUGUCCGUUUUGAGGACAUUCAUAAUUUUAAUCAUCGUUUUUUUUAGUUAAUAGUCACAUUUUUAGAGAUUGAGGCAUCAAAUUUGGCCAAAGUUAUUAUUUUUCUUCAUAUUAAAAAAAAUAACAAAAUGAAAACCGUGUCACCCAUAGAACGCCCAUGACGUGAAAUAGCUACAUCCAGCCUUGUUUGUCCGAAAUCGGACACAUAGACUUCCAUUCAAAACACAUUUUUUGACUGUGUGUCUAGGGCACCAAAACAACUUUUAGCACCCAUUUUUUUGCAGUCAGUCGAUCACCAGGGAUCUAAAUUUCACCAUUAAACAGUGAUCCAGCGGAUAGUGCAGCGCACCAUUUUAACCCUUUCAGCAGCGCAGACAUGGUUUUCCUUCCAUGCGCUCAGAGUGUUUGGAGUGCUAUUUCACCCACUAAACAUAACCAGAAUUAAAUGAACCGAUUCAUGCCACUAGAUAUGGAUGUCUGAGAGUGGGCUAGAUGUGUAAGGAAAAGUUUGUGGGCUCCUACGUGUGUGAUUGGGUGCAAAUCUGCGUGUAUGUUUACAAGCGGAAGUGCCGUAAGUGAAGUGUUUACAUUAGGAUAUGUUACCUGUGGAUUCUGCAGCCUGGGACUAAGAAAGAGGGACAUUUGGACAAUUUCAACUUUGCCCUCACUUCAUAGCAAGUGGAUUAACAAGCAUGAGGAUGCAUAGGUCCUUUUGAUCAAUAGGUAAGAAUAUAUCAUAUCUCAAAGAUGCAGUACAUUUAUAUCUGUGCGUAAUUGGCAUAUUUGUGGUCACAUUUUGGUUAGAGGAGGAACUGUGCGUGUUCGUGCUUCAUAUCCUACAUAUAUCCUCUGAUUCUUUAUGCCUGUACAUAAAAUAAACCUAAUAUGAACAAAUGCAUUCAAUCGCAUUAGAUUUGGUAGAGGAGGAAGCACGAGAAAAGGAGGGUAAA